AAUACCAACAUCUUGAAAUAUAACGAUUUCAGUUACAUGAUAGUAUGUAUGCUAAUAAACGAAAAAUGAAUAAUUUAUUGUGUAUUAUAUUAUUCCGACACAUAUUGCAUGUACUUGCAUACUCUGAGGAGCCAAAAUGUUACGCAAGCUGUGACUAUCAGAUUCUGAAAACGGUUAUACAACUCGAGCAAAAGCUUAACAACAUGGAACUUACUGUUCAGAAACAGCAAGAUGUUAUCAACAAAUUGUCAACAGUCGGGCAUGGGGCUGUUUACGUAAGAUGGGGGCGCAAUGUUUGCCCGGAUGGUUCGAGUCUUGUUUACAAUGGGUAUACUGCAGGUAAACAUUAUAACAAGAAAGGGAGUGGAGGCGAUACAAUAUGUCUGCCAAGUAAUCCAUCCUGGUCAAACUACACUGGAAAAAGUAGCCUAAAAGGACUUAUUUUCGGUACGGAGAUUGAUUUGAAUGAUCCCAGUGGAAUAUUUCCGUAUUCAGUUCAUCAACAAGACAUGCCUUGCGUAGUCUGCAGAUCCCAAAGGUCUUCUAUUCUGAUGGUGCCAGCACAAAACAACUGUUUCUCAGGAUGGCAUGUUGAGUACACGGGAUACCUAAUGGCAGGAAUGGAUGAUAGAUUGGGGUCAUAUAACCAUAUCUGCAUGGACAGCCAGCCGGAAUUUAUACCAAAUGGAUCAGGCAAUAAUAAUCAACACAUUUUAUAUGUAGUGCAAGCACAAUGUGGAUCAUUGCCGUGCCCGCCAUACGUCCAAGGACGAGAGCUUGCGUGUGUCGUCUGCUCGAAAUGAAAAUUCCUAUCAUUUUGCCUGAUUGCUUUUAUAGUACUUUAUGAAUUUUGAUUAACCUUAACCUCAGCAGAAGUGUUUAAGUGUUUAAGUUGUUUACUCUUAUUUGGGCUCUCAGAUUUUGAUAGUAUUUCUUAGCAUUUCGGUACAGAGAAUCCAUUCUAUGUUGCUGUGUAAAACAGUUCCGUUAUAUGGGGUGCAAUGCACGUUUCGUUUACUCUCACUAACAGGUUCAGUCAAAGCGAUUAUGCUAUACUUUUGCCUGAUGACUUUCUAUGUUUUAGAAGGAUCAAUCGAUAGAUUUGAAGUGUUUUGAUAUAUGGCAUGCUUUUUGUGUAGAAAGACUUAGCCCAGUCUAUGAUAUUUUAUACACAUCUUCUUGGGAUCUUAUUAAAUUCCCGUGACCUCAAGACAUCUAUGUUGAAAAAUUGUCAAAUAAUUUCUAUGAAAUUUCCAGAUAUCUUUUACAGUUUAUUCGUCCGGAGCGUAGAUCUAUUUCUUUAUGUUCGUGUAGGUAUUUAUGUACAUCUGUAUCUUUAUUAAAGUAUAUUUUGCAAAGAUA